AUGUACAAACUCCAGGUGGUCUUAGUACCUCCGAAUAGCUUUGAUGGGCCGCUUGUUCCUCCAAUUCUCUCUGCCACUGCAGAAAACUCUCAACUACUGCCCACAAAAAUUCCAGGAAAUGCAUCAAGCAUUGCAGGUGCUACUCGGCCAGAUGGCCUUAUCGCUGGAAACUCGAACAACAAUCUUUUCAUGUCAAGUUUUCUUUCAAGCCAUAUUCCUCAACCCAAAUUCAAGAAGUUUCUCCACUUCACAAAACCUUCAAAUACACUUCUUGUCUUAGCUGAAGAGAUCGUUGCAAAAUGUAACAAAAUUUAUCCCAACCUGAAAGAAGAAGUGGAAAUCGUAACGUUACAGGACGUCAAUGAAUGUGAUUUAGAUCCUGAUUUCAUCGUGAAAGACGUCUUUAAUGCUGAUAACGUAGUCCGUGCUAUUUUAAGAGACGAGAUAGACACUUCCAAUGAAGAAAUGCACUCCCUUUAUGCUUCGAAAAGAAGGAAACUUAACAAUUCUGCUUCAGUGGUGUCAAAUCAGCAAAAUGUUCUUCAUAUCGCGAAGAAACGCCCCCACAUUCUCAAAAAUUCAGCAAUGCGCAUUUCCACACCGCUGGCAAAUCAAAUCUAUCCACCUCCGGGGGGGGCUCAAAUUAAUUCGGAUUACGAGGAUGAUGAAGUUGGUGAUAGAUCUGUCCUUCCCCCACCUCAACCGCAGUCUCCACCAAUACGAAUUAGCUCUGGAAUUGAUCACAAUAAGAAAAUGAAUUUCAAUGAAGACGCUGUGUCGAAGUCAGAAACUGUUGACCCAGACAAAUCUAGGCAGCAUCGUCUAUCUUCUGGUACACCAAUGAGACAGACAGGUAAUAAUACAACCACGACUCCUAAUAGAAUAGUACUUACAGGUCAACGUGUUGUUACAGAACCAAGUGUUGGAAACAGAAGCUUGGCGAGCCCUAUAACUACAAAUAAGAGGAUAACCUCUGGUAUGUUACGCAUACCUGAGCCUAAGAUAUCGGAAGUUGAGGAAGAACUGAAAGAAGGGCCUGCAAGCCCAUCUGCGGAACUACCAUCUCGACCUGAGCGCAUACCAAUGAAAAAGCAAUAUAUCCCACAAUCUGAGGAGGAUCAAAGUGGUAGCUCUUCUAGCGAAGACAAUGCUAACGAUGCAGCAGCUUUGAGGAUACACUCAGAUGGCUUAGGGUUAAAGUCACCUUCUGCGGCUCGUCAAACUUCGAUUGCGGAUAAUAACGGGUCGCCAAUUAAAGAGGGUGUGAAAUUAGGGGACGUGAGCUUAGCAGAACUACCCAAUUCUCAGAAAAAGGCUCAACGUAAGUCAUCACUUGAAAGUAAAGUCGAAUCAUUGGUAAAAAACGCCGCUAGCCUUUCGGAGUCGGCAAGAGAAUCGGGAGUAAAAGUUCAUGAAGAACAAGUUCCUGUUAACCACAAAGAUUCCUUUUCUGAUGAGGAAGAUGAUGCUGAUGAAGAAGGUCAGUUUCAGCAAGACCCAAAUGACACAGUUCGCGUUAAUCAUGUGGAUGGCGGAAGUUCUAGUUUUCAAAAAUCUGAACUGUUAUCGAUGUUAAAAGGGAACAAAUUCGAGAUCCCGCUUAAUUUCAAUGAAGGGCCCAAGAACGCUGCGAAUGAUUCAAUAAAUCAGCGAGUACAGAGGAAUGCUGCAAAAAAGGCAGCUGAAUUACUGUCUUCAGGAAAAUCGAGAACUGAGCAAUCAUCAUCAAGUAGUAGCUAUGAAUCGAGCGAUAUUGAAACAGAUUUGAGUGAAGCUGAAAAUGAUCGUAUUUUAGUUCUCGAAAACCAUGCUUUAAGAAAGCUUAAUAUACAUCCAUUGAAGGAACGCGUGAUUGGAAAUGAAGAUAAUCACGAAGACUUAUCAGAUAAAAAGACAUCACAACCACUAAGUAGUGAUGAGCAAUCUACACAAUCUCCCAGAAAAGAGGACUUAGACUUGAAAGUCGUACCUGUCUCUGAGAAGCUUGCCGACGCCAAUAUAUCCGCCUUGAAUAGUGACAACGUUACCGACAAUGCAGAUUAUGCUGUGGAAACUGCAGAGGGAGGAAAGGCAUCUAACUCUGUCCACCAAAACUCUCCUUCGAGGGAUGAAAUUUCUUCGAAAUUAAUGAGAGCCAUAUCUCCGGCCCCCGCGGACAAAGCAAAGAUAUAUCAAACUCCAGAAUUCGUUGAAGAUUCGGAUGACGAAAAUGAAAAGCAAGUGAAUACGGUAUCAAAGAGUUUAGAAAAGAAACUGCCACCAUCAGUACUUAAACGAAAAGAAGAGGCUGAGAAAAGACGUAAAGAGAGGGAAGCACUCAAGAAGGCCAAAGAGGAAGAGCUGGCCAAGAAAAAGGCAGAUCGAGAAGCCAAAAAACAGGCGAAAGAAAGAGAACUCGCUUUAAAAAAAGCUGAACGUGCAGCUAAAAAGAAAGCGAGGGAAGAGGAAACUUUGAAGCGAAAAGCUGAGAGGGACGCAAAGCAAAAUGGAAAGAGUGUCAAGAAAGCCAAAUCUAAAUCGCUAGACAGUUCGCAGUCACCAGAAUUAAAACAAUUAGAUGAGCCUGAAAAGCCAACCGGUGCGCUGGAGGAAAUGGUCCUUAAAGAGCCUUCCGAAAAUAAUGCUAGUCAUACUACUGGCAAAGUAGCAAAAGCGCAAUCUUUUACAAAAUCUGAAGCUGGUAACUUCAAAGAACCAAAUAGGCCAGCGGAUGAAGCGCGAAAAGUUAAUAUAAAUGCAGCACCUGAUCCUGACCAAAUUGCACAGUACUUUACUACCGCCGGGAAGAAAAGCAAAGGUGAAAUUGCUAAUCAAAAGGAAAAUGGUGAGCCAGAAUUGGCAACGCCGGCCUCAAAACUUGAAACUUUGAAAUCUAAGUUUUCCACCGUCACUUUUCCAAAAAGCCGAGUGACAAAAUCGUCACCGAAUAGAGACGCAAAUAAGACAUUGACUUUGCCUGAAAAUGAAUCAAGCUCCGAUGUCUCAGAUGAACCUGAUUCAUCUGGAGAAAACGAUUCUUCAGGAGACUCUUCUGAGGAGGAAACUUCUAUGAACAAAAAACUGCGGAGAGGAAUUGUUGAUACACCCCGAGGAGUCAUCGCGUCAGUUUCAAACAAUAUUAGUGAGAAAGAUGUUUCAGCGAUUGAAAUUGCUCCACAAUCAACACAGAAACCUUUUAGUGAUUCAGCGGAGCCAACACCUGCGAAGGUGCCAGUGACAAGAAUGAUGGAACUCUCUUCUCCAGCAAACACUUCCAAAAGUAGAAAAGCUGAACAGAGUCCGACCAGAAAAGAUCCAAAGCCAGGUAGGUCAUUGAGCUCUCUGUCCGACCUCGUUUCUCGUGGUGUGCCAGAGGUAAAAGAUGGUAAAGUUGAGAAGGCAACGAUUCCUCGAGGGCAUCCGAAUGAACUUGAUAGUUCAAGUGAAGAGGAUGAGCAUAGUGACGAUGAAAGUGAAGAAGAAAGUGAUGAGAGUGAAAGUAGUGACUCCUCUGAUGAUGAAGGAUCUUCUACUUUUAUUAGCGCAAAAUCGGCAAGUAAGGCGUUAGGGAGGAAGAAGAAGUCGAACAGCGGCUUCGCAUCGCUCGUCAAGGAUUCAAAGAAACGCUAA